GCAAGUAAGAACUGGGGGUGCCUGCCCAGAAUGGAGGAUCUGAUCUUAUGAGUCCUGGUGGGAGUUGAUUUGUUCCUCACACUCCAGAUCCAUCGGCACACAUCAGUAAACAAAAUCAGAUCCUUCUCAUCCAUACCAGAUCAUCGCAUGGAUCAGUGCAGCUGGGCGUUGGAGGAGUAACGAUCACAGGCCUACAUUUUCCAGAGGAAAUGGUUGACUUUGUGGGUGCCAAUCGCCAUGCGUAGAAAUGGCCGUCGCGGAUCAGCACCAAAAGUGAUCAGUUUGCCGUCACCACCAAGCUUCUGGAGCUUCUUUAGUUGAGGCUCUUACUGGUGGUGGUGGAAUCAGAUUUCCAAGCUGCGGAGGAAGGCGACGGCAAAGUAGUCUCCUUUCGCACAGACACGUUUCUGAUAGCGUUGCUGGGUGACAGCGUUGGCUUGUUGAUCGUCUGCAAGACCUGAGUUCAUCACAAUCAGGGACGAGAUGAAAGGGUGGCCGGCCAACAUCAAGAGCUGGGGGAUCGACAGUAUUCUCAAGGAGGCUGCUAGGAUUCUUUACAAACACUUCCGUCUGUUUCUGCCUUUCUUUGUCGCCAUCGAUCUCCCUUUGACGAUAAUCGGACUUUGCAUGGGCGCACUCUUGCCUCCCCCGUCGCCAGGAACUCAGACCACUGACUCCACUGGGAGAGCCUCAAGCUUAAUCACGAGCAAUGCCCUUGUCCCUGCUCCUCAGGAGGGAGCUCUCAGUCCUGAUGCGAAUUCCACGUGGCUGCUCGACUAUUCGGUGUUAACUCUUGUAGAAUGUUCUGUGUUCGAAAAACUUUUACUUGGAGCGUGGACAUAUGUUGUGGCGUACAUUUACAGCGACAACUACAUUGAAGCGGACCCGAAUUCAAUAGUGAAAAGAGUGUUCAAGCUACUACCGUCCGCAUUAUUCCGGAUGGUGGUGACCGGUCUUUGGUUCUUUUUGCUUACAUUCGUGGGCUGUCUUGUUACAAUCGGUUUGUCAGUCGUUCUGAUUCUCAUCCAGGCUGGUGUAGGCCCACCCCCUCACAAUCCCAAUUGGAUCUUCGUUAUCACGUAUACGCUGUUUGAAAUUUUACUGUUCGUUUGUAUACUCCAUUUCGCGCUUUCAGAUUCUGUUGCUGUAUUUGAGCCACAGAAUUACGGCCGAGAAGCUUUGUCUAAAAGCUUCAAGCUGGUGAAAGAAGGAUCGGGAAGGCUCACCGCCUUUUCCAUCUUGGUCCUAAAGGCGUUAUCUGUAGCAUUACUAAGCUUACCAUUGCAACAAUUUCAGCUAGGAGUUGCUGACGGAACUUUGCCUCUAUGGAAGGAGCUACUCUAUGGGUUCCUCCUCGUCAUUGUGAGCUCUGCCAUCACCACAUAUUUUGGAGUAUGUUUAAUUCUGGUUUACUUCGUGUGCAAAUCUCGAGUCGGGGAGAGCACCAUCAGCAUCUGUGAGCAUCUGUUCAGUUCGAGAAGUCUUGACGAAUCACUUCUGCCUUGAAGCAAAGGGAAAGAGUAGAAGUGUGAAGAAGUUUCCCACCCCCAGCAUGACCACGACCGUCAACAGCACUAGGCAAUAUCAAGACAUGUGCAACUGCAUCUUACCAUGGCCAAUACCGUAACUUGUGUAAAAUCAGCAUCUUCCUUCUCCUUUUUCCUCUUUUUUCCUCUUUUUUUUUUUUUUUUUUUUUUUCUCUUUUUUCCUUGUUAUUUGUCUGAGACUCAGUUACACAGGUUCUCAUGCCCUCACAUCAUCUGGAGAGUCCUUGGAUGCUAGUCCUCUGAACUGCCAAAGGAAUGAUCAUAUAGACCACAGUUCAAGGAGGACGAAGUUGAAGGCUCUCAGUGAUCCAAGUCAGAAGAAUUGCUGUACAAUUCAACGAUGUAGUGUAUUUUAAGCCUCGAUAAUUGCUCUACUCGAACACAGAUCUUGAUUGGAUUGAAGGCCUGAAAAGUACGAAUUAUUGCCGGCCAGACAUCAAGACAGCAAUUAUCUAAAUACUCUGUAUUAAGGGCCACGAGAGGAAUUUCGCAUGAUUUUCAAACA